AAACGCGGUGUCGUCGUCGGAUGAAGAGCGCGCCGGGGGCCGAGGAGGCGCCAUGGGGCCCCCCCGGCAGGAGGUGGUGGCCGCCAUCCGCGCCGAGGUGAGGCGGCACGAGGGGACCAAGAGGCACCUCGACAGCCUCCUCCGCAUGGUGGAGACCCUGCCCGAAGGGAGGCUGAGGGGAGACCUCAGCCACGGCCUCCGUCUGCUCCGAGAAGCUCUGCUCAACAGCCAAGAGUGGACCCUCAGCCGCUCCGUCCCCGAGAUCCGCCUGGGCGUCCUCGGCAGCUCCAAGAGCGGAAAAUCGGCGCUCGUCCAACGCUUCCUCACCGGCUCCUACGUGGGACUGGAGGCCACCGAGAGUGGUCAAUUCAAGCGGGAGGUGACCAUCGACGGCCAAAGCCACCUCCUCCUCAUCCGCGAGGAAUCCGGCGCUCCGGAUGCCAAGUUCGCCGCUUGGGUGGACGCCGUCAUCUUGGUCUUCAGCCUGGAGAACGAGAAGAGCUUCGAGGAGGCCUCGCGGCUCCACGCGCUGCUCAGCGCCCACCGCGGCGGCGCCGAAGUGCCUCUGGCGUUGGUGGGAACUCAAGACAGGGUGAGCGCCUGCAGCCCGCGGGCGGUGGCGGACGGGCGCGCGCGGGACCUCUGCGCUCGCGCCAAGAGGGCUCUCUACUACGAGACGUGCGCCACCUACGGCCUCAACGUCGAGCGCGUCUUCACCGAAGUGGCCCAGCAGGCGUUGGCUCUGAAGCAGCAGCUCCUCGUGGCCUCCUGCAAAUCCCUUCCGAGCUCUCCGAGCCACUCGGCCGCUUCGACGCCGUUGGGAGGUCCUCACUCCGGACAGACCAACAACGGUGGCCACAGCAGCGACUUCUCCUCUUCGUUGCCCUCGACGCCCAACGUGAGCCAUCGGGAACUCCGCGGGGAAGGACCUCCGUCCAUCGGAACUCCCGGAUCCCUCCACCGAACCAAGCGACGCACCAGCCUCUUCGCCAACCGUCGCGGCAGUGAUUCGGAGAAGCGGAGCUUGGAGAGCCGCGGGGACGUCACCGGCAGCGGUCGCGCCAUCCCCCUCAAACAGAGUUUCCUCUUGAAGAGAAGCGGGAAUUCCCUCAACAAAGAGUGGAAGAAGAAGUACGUGACCUUGUCCAGCAAUGGGCUCCUCUUCUACCACCCCAGCAUCAACGACUACAUCCACAGCACCCACGGGAAGGAGAUGGACCUCCUCCGGACCACGGUGAAGGUCCCCGGCAAGAGGCCCCCUCGCGCCAUCUCGGCCUGCGGCCCCUCGGCGAGCAUCAACGGUUUGCUCAAGGACACCGCGCCCGACGCCGCCGGCGGCGCUUCUCCCAUGGCGUUGAGUGUCCCCCCGGAAUCGGCCACCAAAGGCGAGCGGUCCCUCCAGCGUUGCGCCUCGGCCUCCAGCGCCAAGAGCUCCACCUCCGAGGUCCCCUUGGAGGUCAUCUCCAGCCCCGGCAGCUCCGGCAAAGACCCUCCGGCGUCGCCCACGAUGGAGCGGAAGAAGCACCGUCGGAAGAAGUUGAUGACACCGUCCAAGACGGAGGGUUCCGCCGGACAGGCGGAAGCGAAGCGCAAAAUGUGGAAAUUAAAGAGCUUUGGCAGUUUACGGAAUAUUUAUAAAACAGAGGAGGAGAACUUUGAGUUCCUGCUGGUGUCGAGCACGGGGCAGACGUGGCACUUCGAGGCGGGCAGCCUGGAGGAGCGCGACGCCUGGGUGGGCGCCAUCGAGAGGCAGAUCCUGGCCAGCCUGCAGUGCUGCGAGAGCGCCAAGAACAAGGCUCGCGCGGACAGCCAGAGCGAAGCCGUGGCCCUCCAGGCCAUCCGCAGCGCCCGCGGCAACGCCCUCUGCGUGGACUGCGACGCACCCAACCCGACGUGGGCGUCGCUCAACCUGGGGGCGCUGCUCUGCAUCGAGUGCUCGGGGAUGCACCGCAACCUGGGCUCCCACGUCUCGCGCGUCCGCUCGCUCCACCUCGACGAUUGGCCCCGGGACCUCACGCUCGUCCUCACCUCCAUCGGCAACGCCACCGCCAACCGCAUCUGGGAGCGCGACCCCCGCGGGCGCUGCAAACCCGGCCCCGACGCCACGCGGGAGGAGCGGGAGUCGUGGAUCCGGGCCAAAUACGAGCAGCGACUGUUCCUGGCGCCGCUGCCGACGGCCGAGGAGCCUCUGGAGCAGCAGCUGCUUCGCGCCGUGGGGGAUCAGGACCUGGAGAAGGUCCUCCUGCUCUUGGCCCACAGUAAGAAGGAGCAGCUCAACGUGGGCGACGCCGGCGGGCGAACGGCCCUCCACGUCGCCUGCGACGCCGCCCUCGUCGUCAUCACCCAACUCCUCGUGUGGUACGGCGCCGAGGUUGGGGCGCGCGACGCCGACGGACGCACCGCGCUCUUCUACGCCCGCCGCGCCGGCAGCCAGGACUGCGCCGACAUCCUGCUCCAGCACGGCUGCCCCGACGACGCGGCCACCGGCCACGCCAAGGGGGCCACCAGCCCCACCGCCGCGGCCACCAGCCCCACCGGAGGGGCCACCAGCCCCAUGGAAGGGGCCACCAGCCAUACCAAGGUGGCCACCAGCCCCAUGGAAAGGGCCACCAGCCCCACGGAAGGGGCCACCAGCCAUACCAAGGUGGCCACCAGCCCCAUGGAAAGGGCCACCAGCCCCACGGAAGGGGCCACCAGCCAUGCCAAGGUGGCCACCAGCCCCAUGGAAGGGGCCACCAGCCAUGCCAAGGUGGCCACCAGCCCCACAGAAGGGGCCACCAGCCAUGCCAAGGUGGCCACUGGCCCCAUGGCCACCCCCGGGCCGCGGCGCCGCAGCAGCUGUGCCAGUGUGGGUCCGUGUGUGCCACGCACGGCGCUGGUGUAGCCGCGUCCCCCGGGGGGUUGGGGGAGGUCGGUGACACCCGUUGGGGUCCCUCGGGGGGUCCCCUCUGGGGCUGGGCACCCCCUCAUGACCCAUUUCCCCCUCCCCCCCCCCCCCCCCCCGAUGUGGCCUUGGUGGCACCGGGGUCCCCUCGGAACGGGCAGGGGGGGGCAGCCGGGGCACCCCCAUGGCACCCCAUAUCAC